AUGAAAAUUACGCCCAAUACCCCAAUACCACACGGGCACACUGCUGGGGACCUGUCUCAGCGGCCUGCUUGUCGAUUGGUGUGCUGCAGCGGAAGCACGGCAGUGGAUUGUGUGGGUAAGUCUUGCUCUCCCCAAGCACCAGAAAAGUGUGCUCAUCCUGCGACCGGGUGAGGUCGACACACGAUCUAUCGGCGCCUAGUCCCAAGCACGCCGACUCGAACAAGCGGCAUCCCUCGCCUCCCAACCCCCGUGCGGUCAUUUCUAUCUUUACAGCGUCGCGUCUCGAUGACUGCGGCGUGAGCGGCAUCUGGUGCGCUUGGCCUGGUUGUACAGGGGUCGAAGCGGAACGCGCCGCCUCAGCCGCCUUUCUCGCACAGGCACCAGCAGCCCUUGGACUUCUAGCGCUGUGCCGCUUCAACCGCGGUGCGGAGAGUUUUGCGCAUUGCCCCGGCGUCCCUGGUGCUCGGGGAAGGCGGCAGCGAGGCCUAGCGUGCUCUGUGGGUGGAGGACUCGGCUUUUCUCUGACGGUAUCCUGUCGCUGGAGGGCUGGGUUUCUCGGGGGCCAACUUGCACUUCGCGUUGGCUGCCGCCGCUGGCCCAAGGCACCGGAAGCAUCCAUCAAGGUCAGAAGCGCCCACAUCGCUGCUAACGCCGACAGUUCCGGAGAAGAAUUGCUCUGAGAACGACCGUAGCACGUGCCUGGCCCCAGGAGUUGAACGUUCGGCGUCAGCAUGCAAGUGUGAACGCCUUCGUAUCGGUGCAUUGCAAUGAUGGUGGCCAUUGCGCUGGCGGGAAUAGGAGACAUCCCACAAGUCUACCAGCUGUUGCGCGCUCGCCAGCUGCCGAGACCACUUCCACCCACGGCUCUUCCGGGGACGGCAGUAUUUUUGUGGCCGCGUGGAAGGAUUGGUGACAGUGCGUACCUACGACAGUAGUGCGCGAAGAUCUCGUGGAGGAUCUGACGAGAGGAAUUCGGCGCACGGGGUGCCGAAGUAACGGAGGGCAGAGGUUGGGAAGUGCUCUUUCACGCGGCGUGUGAAACAAUGAAAGUGGUGCUCACGAACUCCUGAGCAAGUGAGUUUUGCGUCUUAACUGUGCGCCCCCUGGGAUAAUGGGGAGCAAAC